AUGGAGGAACUUUUGAAACUCUCCGAACUUCCCUGGGUCGAGGAUCAUAAGAUAAAUGACACGAUUAUCUACCUGGCGGUGGGUGUGCUGGUCAUGGCCAUUGAAGCCGCGAAGCAACUGGCUGACCCAGCCCGCCUGAUCAAGGGAUUCAAGCUCACCGACACCUACUUCAUGGUAGCCCUAACCAUUCCCGCCAGUGCACAGGGAAUCGAAACCCAGCUGGUCUUCAGCCCGCCUCCUGGGAGUUCGGACAGAAACACUGCAUCGUGGAAGUUUCGAUUGUUUUCUCACGACGGCACGCAAUGGCAAGAGCAUAGCCACGGCACGAUCCAUAUAGACUACGCGAGACGCCCAAACGAUCUCGAGGGUCACGAAGACCUGGAAAGACUGAAAGGCGCGCAAGCCGCUUACAGCGCUGUAAGAGAAUCCGCAGUCUUCAGGCGGACCAAGGACGAAUUUUACGACUCGGCGUUCAAAUCAGGCUACACUUUCGGGCCUCUCUUUAGGGCCAUGGAUGACGUUGCAUAUAGUGAUCGGUUCAGUCGCCGGGCCACAGCCAGUAUCAAUUGUUUUGAGUGGAAGGAUACUGACGGUAGGGACCACUUUCAGGAACAUGUCGUGCAUCCAGUCACUCUGGACGGCAUCCUCCAAGUGAGUCUUGCAGCAUUCAACCGCGCCGGGGAGAAUGUUGGAUCGACCGCCAUUUUUGCCGAGAUUGAAUACAUCUGGGUAUCAAGAGACGGUCUUUGCUAUCAAUACGCAGAUAUGGUCAGAUCGGUAGGGACUUUCAACAACCAUGGUAACGUUGGGUAUGAAACCUCUGUUAUUGCGCUUGACAGUUCAUCUUCGAGAGUUGUACUCGAGGCGAAGGGCAUCAAGCUACGAUUCGUAACCGGGGUUGCGCCUGCUCAGGAUCAGGCGCGACAUCCUCAUCUGUGUUACAGUAUUGAGUGGAAACCCGACAUAGAUCUACUGAAAAGCAAUGCGCACCCCCCAACCACAGAUACCCAGACGCAGGCGGUGGAUUACAAGGACAUUUUGCCAGGAGCCCAGACUCUCCUUGUAAACUUUUUGGAUCUCUUGACCUUCAAAAAGCCGGACAUGAAAAUUUUGCACGUGACCGGUCCCGAGGUAGAUGUUGGAAACGGGACAAUUGUCGAGGAGCUUUUUCACUGCCAGCAGGGAGGGACCGAUCCCGUUUUGCCCUGCUCAGAGUUGGUCUCUAGGUCUUCAACGCUCCAGUCCACCGACACCGAUACGUAUGAUCUUGUUGUCGGCUCGUGUAGAUCCAUGCUAGAUACACUUGACAAAACUCAUCGAUUUCUAAAACCAGGUGGAAAGCUUGCCCUGCUUUUGGAAAACAACCCGCGAAUUGAACACACAGAGGUCAACGGGUAUCACACAAACAACGACGUAGGUUUUCAGCGUGGCCCGAUGAGCGAGAACUCGUAUAGCCUCAGGAGAUCGGAGACUUCCGACGUAGAAUAUAAAGGGGCUCUUGAAAAUGCCGGCUUCACCAAUAUAUUGUGUUCUACCACCAGCACGAUGGAUGCGGCGAAACUGGUCACUGCGUCAAAGCCCCGCAACGCCAUCGUACCAAAGACGUUAAUGAACUAUGUUCUGGUGAUCGAGGCAACCCCAUUCCAGGAGGAGAUGGCAAGGGUACUGAGAAGUAAAUUCGAUGGCGUCGCUCUAACGUGCACGAUAUGUUAUCUCGACCAGCUCACCAAAACCGAGGAGGAUUCUCAACAAACCCUUAUACUUUUCCCCGAGUUGGAGCGUUCUCUACUUCAAAACCCCUCCCCGGCUGAGUUUUCGAGGCUGCGUGAUGCUCUCGUCUCGACGAAGGGCCUUCUCUGGUUGACCCGCCGAGAUGAAGACGGGCUACUGCAACCUGACCGUGCUAUGGCCGACGGUUUGACACGAGUCCUUCGCUCCGAAAAUGGACAAGCAGUCAUCGUAACUGCUGUGCUCACACAUUCACCCAUCCCUGAUCAAGCUGAGCAAAUCUUUACCCUGGUCCACGCCACGGACUUUGGGACGACGAACCAAGAAUACGAGGCGUCAUAUCUUCAAGUCGAUGGUGGCAUCCACAUUGGACGUCUAAGACCGAUGGCGAACCUCUCUCGAACCGUGUUCAACAAAUCAUCAACGUACCAGUCCAAGGUCCUUCCAUUUGGCGAGGCGCCGCCUCUCAGAUUGGCAGUCGAAACUCCCGGCCUCCUUGACAGUCUAUAUUUUGAUCAAGAUGUGUUGGCUGAAGAACCUCUGUCUCCCGGCUGGGUCGAGAUCCGAGUUAUUGCUGUAGGCUUGAAUUUCAAAGACCUACUCCUCGCGCUAGGGAGAGAGAAUGGGACUACGUUCGGAAAUGAGUGUGCGGGAGUCAUACACCGAACAGGAGGCGACACACCUUUCAAAAUCGGCGACAGAGUCUGCGUCUUCUCCCCAACAGCAUUCUCUACAUACACCAGGGUGAAAGCCGAGUAUGUGGCAAGAGUCCCCGAUGAGGUUUCUCUUUCGCAUGCUGCUGCCGUGCCGACCCAAUUCGUCACUGCUUGGUACGCCAUCCAUACCGCUGCCAGAAUGCAGAAUGGUGAGAGUAUACUGAUUCAUUCGGCUGCGGGGGGGACUGGACAAGCGGCUUUACAGAUAGCGCAGUUGCUGGGUUGCGAGGUCUUUGCCACGGUUGGUGCAGAGGAGAAGAAGAGGUUUCUCAUCAACCAUUAUGGCAUUUCCGAGGAUCAUAUUUUCUACAGUCGCAACACGACUUUUGCGCGAGGAAUUCUUCGGCUAACCGCUGGCCGUGGCAUUGAUGUUAUUAUUAACUCCUUAUCUGGAGAUAUGCUGCUUGCUUCAUGGGAUAUCAUCGCCCCACACGGCCGGUUCAUCGAAUUGGGAAAGAAAGAUAUUGCCGCCAAUAAUGGGCUUCCUAUGCGACCUUUUCUCCGCCGCGCCACAUUCACCGCAUUAGAGAUCGGGGCUACGGCGGCUGAUUUUGGAAUCUUGGGUAAGGAGAACAUCGAGCACGUGUUGAGCAUAUUCGUCAAAGAGAGAUUGCAUCCUGUGGAGAACUUUCAGGUGUUACCGAUAUCGCAUAUCAAAGAAGGGAUGCGCGCCCUUCAAUCUGGACAGAGUAUCGGGAAGAUAGUAUUCGACAUGGCCGAUGAUGCACUAGUGCCGGUCCGAGUCCGAUCACAGUCGGCCUGGCAACUCGAUAGUAACAAAACAUAUGUCAUUGCCGGUGGGACCGGCGGCCUCGGUCUGAUGAUUGCGGAAUGGAUGGUAAAGCAAAAGGGUGCCCGGUACCUACUUCUAUUGUCACGGUCUGGUAUAAAGCAAAGCGCCAUCGAAGCCGUGAAUACGGUCAGCAACCUUCGUGAACUCGGAGCUGUCAUCGAGGCACCAGAAUGCGACAUCAGUGAUAUCGAUGCGCUACGUAACGUCCUUGAAAGAUGUCGAGGCUCCAUGCCCACGAUUGCUGGUUGUGUCCAGUCCUCGAUGGUGUUAAAGGACACCGUCUUUACGAAUAUGUCUCAUGAGGACUGGGUAGCAAGUACGAAUCCAAAGGUUCGCGGCUCCUGGAAUCUCCACACUGUUCUGCCUGGAGGUCUUAAUUUCUUCAUCUUAAUCUCGUCCAUUUCUGGGAUUGUAGGUUCCGCUGGUCAGGCCAACUACGCGGCCGGAAACACAUACAUGGACGCCCUGGCGCAUUACCGUAAUGCUCUUGGCGAGCGAGCAGUAGCCUUGGAUUUGGGAGUGAUGUUGGACCAUGGGUUCCUGGCCACGAACGACGCACUACGUAAUCGGAUACUUUCGGCAGGACUCCUCCGAGGCAUCUCCUCUUCGGAGCUGCUCGCCAUACUUGAUCACUAUUGCGACCCUACAAGUCCCAUUUCAAGCCUGCACACGGCACAAGUGGCCAUCGGACUGGCCCCUGCGUCUGAGUUCAGGGCCGCAAGCCUGCAAGCCCACAGCUCGCACCUCUCGCUCCCCUUCUAUCGACACAUCUUUGCCGGUGCUGCCGAGCCCGACCAAGAGGCCAGCGGAGAUAAAUUCCUCGAAGCCCGGCGAAGACAGGAUUUCGUGUCCGCAAAAUCACCUUCCGAUGCUGGCGUUAUCGUCUCCCAGGCGCUGCUAGAACGCUUAGCAACCAUGACACCAGGACUACGAGAUCGCAUGGACGUCAAACAUCUGGACGAGCGCAUUCAAACCUUUGGCGUCGACUCUUUACAGGCCAUUGAACUGCGAAGUUGGUUCGCCCGGGAGUUUGCAGCUGACAUACCGAUAUUUGUCAUUCUCGGCGAAGAGACCCUGGCCUCGAUAGGGCUUUUAGUGGCUGAAAAGAGUAAAUUGCGAGUGUAG